AUUAGGUUACGUAUUAACCCUAAUACCCUGAAAAUAACCUGAACCUUAUUCUGGGAUGCCGAUGGCUCAGAAAGCUUGCCCAGUACGAACCCGGCAACCUCGCUGUUAUCGCCUCAAUUCAUGUCGGAUUUGCCUGAUUCGAAGCUUAAAACGCUUGGAGUGCAAAAAGCAGGCGAUCUCAUUCGCCAAACAGAUAGUUUUGACAAACUUACUGUACUCAUUGAACGAUUACAACGUGAGAAAAACACACUAGACGUUUAUGUGAAAUCCGAAUUAGAAACUUUAUCAAACUCUUACAAGGCCGGUUUGGAACGAGUGAACGAUGGAAAAUCAAAGUUACAGGAGCUACAAGACAAUAUUUCAGGCUUGGUUUCCCUGUGUAAUAAUGCAGGAUCCAUGGUGAACGAGUUUUCACUUAUUAGCAAAAUAUCCCGAGUGUACCGAAACUGUACGGCAACUAAGCAGAUGAUAGAACAACUAGAAAAACUACAAGAAGAAACAGACCUGGUGGAAGAUAUGCUACAGUCAGAUAUUCACCAAGGAGAUGAUAUGCCAAAUUUGUUACGAGCUCAUUUUAUUCUUACCCGCUUACAGUCAUUUCGAGACGAGGCAAUGCAGCAGGCUGCAAAAGAAAACUCGAUUGAACUGGACGAGACUCUUGAGCAAUUAUUCAGCAAGCUGAAUGUUAUUUCGGACAAUUUUGACAGACUUGUCUUCAGUUUCUGCAGGAAUUUUCUUGAGCUGCUCAGUGAUGAACAAACACGCACUCUUAUUAGUACCUUUAAGAUUAUUGAGGUAGAAGAGGCAGCUGAUCGGAAGGCUCGAAACUUGAUCGACGUCCGAAAGUCGACAUAUGCGGGUGCAGAUUCCAGCUUAUGGAACUUUCAAGGAAGCAGAAGAGAACUAAAAAAUUUUCGUGAACGUGCCUUCGAGGAGAUUGAGAACAGUAUUCAAGAACGGUUCGACACUUGCUGGAAUCAGUUGCAGGAACCAGAUGCUUCUCUUAACCUGGAAUGGGUAAUUUCCGAUCUAGAUAUGGCGAAGCAACUGGAGAAGCUUACUCCACCGGAAUAUCGUUUAUUUUCGUUUGUGUUGUCUACUUACCACACCCUCUUGGACGAGUUUGUGCACAAGUGCAUUAACGGUGACAUGGCUGUUGUCAUUUUGCUUUACCUUGUUGAAUUCCAGGUAGCAUACAGGGAGUAUUUAAGGGAUUCACAUUAUGUUUACAUCGAAGAACUGGAUCCACCCCUAGAAGAUAGUGACGAAAGUGAACUUGCUCUUGAGGUUUCAUCCGUACUUGUUAACAAGGUCAAGGAAUGGGCCAAAAAGGUUUUCGACAAGGACGUGGAUGAGUUCACCAGAAGACAGAAUGAACCACAGAGUGAUAACCAGCAUAAGUACAGUCUCCCGGGUACAAUUAUUCUUUUUCAAAUGAUAUCUCAACAGCUGAAAUUACUGUCACCUUGUGAAAAUGCAACCGUCUUUUUUAAGGUUGUGAUGGGCGCGUUAGACAUGCUUUUAACUUUGCAACAGAAAUGGAAGGAGACACUACGUGCUGAGACGACAAAGCAAAUGAAUAAUCCGCAUUCAGUUGUUCCAGGAUUACCGGAAUACGCCGUUGCACUUUCAAAUGACAGCUUAAAGUCAUCGGGCUUUACGGAAAGUACAUUUAAAAAGUACCACAACCUUAUACCUGAGAAUUUUAGAAGUGAGUUCCUUGAACGUCUUUCCAACGUGGAAGAUGGUUAUAUUUACCUAUCCGGUUCGUGUCUAAGUACUAUCGUUGCUCUCAUUGCCACUGAUACAAAACAUGCAUUUUCUUUAGUUUUCCAAACUGCAUGGUAUGAGUCAAGUAAUAUCCCGAUCGUUGUCAAUACCUUUCGCGAUUACCUUUCGGAUUGUAAGGAACACUUGGUUUCCGGUCUUACAGAAAGCUUGGCAAAAGAGUCUAUCAAGGGUUUUGUUGUGUGCUACAUUCGCUGUCUUCUUAACAAAAACAUUAAGCUACGCGGUGCAGAAACUAUCGAACGCAUCCGUGCCGAUGUUUCGUGCGCACUACAAAUGUUUUCCGAUUAUGCUUCAGACGUUAAUGAACUGAAGCAAGAAUUUGUAUCAAUCCAAAGUCUUCUCUUAGGAAUGUUGGAUGCUGACACGAAUACGGUUGCUGACUACUAUACAGACCUGAAGAAUCUCUUCUGGGAUGUUCCUAUACAACUCGUGGAACUCGUACUCAUCAACCGUUCCGACCUCGACCGCAAUGAAUGUCGCAAGAUGAUAGAGAUCAUUCGAUACACCGAUGCAAAUAUUCCGACACCUAAAAAUGCAGAGGGUACCAUCUAUAAGAAUGUUCUUUCAGACGGUCUUGCAGUUUUUGAAUGAUAGAUGUAGUUAUGUUUACGCUCUUAAUAUUAAUCGCAUUAGCUUAAUUAGUG